UUGUCUUUUGCCUGCGCUACGUCGAUUGUUCUGGCUGAAACACCUUCACUUUCGCCUCUCACUCUUCCAAUUCCCAUCGAACUUGGUCCUCACCAUCAACACUGGCUUCACAAGAGGAGGAAACUAUUUGAGUACUGGUGCAAACAAAUCAUCAGUCUGAACUGCUUUCGUUGAUGGCACACCCUGGUUGACUUGGGGGCGUCACCCGCGCUAAGCAUCCAUCUUCCUGCGGUCUUGUGGGUUCAAACGCUUUUCCGAGCUCCGGCACCAGGCGUUCAUUGAAAGUCCACAAGCCCAAGUCUGUGCUCGGCCUAGGCUGCUCAUCCUUUCUGCUACCUUGCAUUGUAGCCACACCAAUCUAGUUAUCAUCCGACUGUCACCAUCCAUCGCGACAACCUCGAACAAACUCGCAUCGCACGUCAUCUCCCACGAGACAAUUGUUUUUCCCUCGAUCUCUUCUCCACGUCGAGCACCUGGCUGCGACCAUUACACGACCAAUUCAUUGCGAAUUGUGCGCCCGUCCUUCGUCCCCGGAGAUCCUUUUGUGCAAGACUCUGUGCUUGCUUGAUCCCACCCCGCGCAACCCAUUUUGUACCACCACAACCAACAUCGCCUCGCCUGCGCGCCUUGGCCACCUCAUAAAACCUAGUCAGCAAGCGGUUCCAGACUUCUUCGCUUGCUGAUGUCCAUUCGCUGUCUCCUCUGCCUCCGUCAUGGCAAUGCAAGCGCCGCUUGCCAACGACAAAAAGAGAGUAAAAGUCUAUGAGCUGCGCGACAAUGACUGGUUCGAUCGAGGUACCGGCUUCUGCACCGGCCAGGUCGUCAAUGAUGAACCGCGUAUUUACGUCGAGUCGGAAGACCAACCUGACCAUAUGUUGCUUGAAACGAAGAUAGUAAAAGAUGAUGGAUAUCAGAAACAACAAGGUUGGAUAUUAUUGUGCCCGCCAUUUGGUUGUUGGAGCCGGUCGCUGACGCGUGAUAGACACAUUAAUUGUAUGGACGGAGACCAAUGGCACUGAUAUGGCACUUAGUUUCCAGGAGGCGGAAGGUUGCGCAGUCAUAUGGUAAUCCCGGGAGAGCUCUAGGCCGAGUGAUAUACUGAUGAAGUCCAGGAAAUUUGUACAUGAAGUUCAACAGCAGUUGAUGUCGCUGCCUGAUGAUGCCUUGUCGGACGAUGCGCUGGACAAUAUUUCCACCUCGUUUACUCUAAAUCCUCCCGAAUUGAGCAACCUGGACGAAGUCGAGCAGAACAUCCGACAGGCAAGCAUUACCCAGGGCGGCCGAGAAGCACUCGCAAAGUUUUUGAUGAAGGAGCACUAUGUGGAAAAAUUGAUUCCUCUUGUGGAAAUGGCAGAGGAUUUAGAGAGCCUUCAGGAUUUACAUCGGCUGUGUAAUAUCAUGAAGGCAUUGAUUCUAAUGAACGACAACACAGUAAUCGAGCACUUGGUUACAGACGAUAUGAUUAUCGGCGUCGUUGGCGCACUCGAGUACGACCCCGACUUUCCCACUCACAAAGCAAACCACCGACAAUAUCUAUCGGAUGAGUCGAGAUAUAAAGAGGUGGUUGAGAUCAAAGAUCCUAUCAUCAAGCGCAAAAUAAGGCAGACCUGGAGGCUACAAUACUUGAAAGACGUCGUAUUGGCCCGCAUCCUCGACGAUCCUACAUUUGGUGUGCUGAACUCUCUCAUAUUCUUCAACCAGGUCGAUAUUGUCCAACAUUUGCAAAAUAACACCUCUUUCUUGAAGGAAUUGUUCGCCAUCUUCAGCCCCGAAAAUACCGAUGUCAAGCGCAAGGAACAAGCUGUCCAUUUCCUGCAGCAAUGUGCUGCUAUCGCCAAAACAUUGCAGAUGCAGGCUCGGGCUAACUUACUCAACAAUUUCAUCGCACAUGGUCUCUUUUCUGUCAUCACUUUUGCGGUUAAGCACUCGGAGGCAUCAAUGAGAACAACAGGCAUCGACAUUCUUGUGGCUCUCUUGGAUCACGAUCCUAACAUGAUGAGAGGAUACAUGCUGAAGGCCGUGCACGAAAAGAAAACGCCGUUGACCGAUACAUUGAUUGACCUCCUCCAUGCUGAGACAGACCUUGGAGUUAAAAAUCAGCUGGCUGAUGCUAUCAAAAUCCUAUUGGACCCUCAACCACCUUCUAAUGACCCCAUGGGCAACCGACAAAAUUCCGAGUUCAUGACAAAAUUGUCCAGGCCUCCCCAAUUGACCGACGCACAACAAAAACGCGAGGACUUUGCGCAAGAGAACUUUGAUCGCUCCUGCAGAAAACUCUUCAAGCCGCUGAACGACCUCGAGAAUCGAGAAUCGCUACUAAAUUUCAGUUAUCAGGAAGUGUCCUUGUAUUCAUAUCUGGUGGAAAUUUUGACUUUUUUUGUCCGACAACACUCCAUGAGGAGUCGGUCAUUCAUCAUUUCCGAAAAUCCGUCACCUCGAGUCGCUCAAUUGUUGCAGGUGCCUCAAAAACCUCUGAAGUUGACCGCGUUGAAAUUUUUCCGAACGUGCGUUUCACUACAAGACCAGUUCUAUGCCGCACAGGUCAUCAAAAGUGGAGCACUGGGUGCGAUCCUGGGAAUAGUGAUCGAUACCAUGCCCAGAGACAACCUCCUGAAUUCUGCGUGCCUGGAGUUGUUUGAAUUCAUCAAAAGGGAGGCAAUCAAGCCCGUCAUACAUCAUCUUGGCGAGAAUUACCGGCAACAACUUCAAGACAUAACAUAUGUGGAUACAUUCGUACAGAUUUACUUGAGAUUCGAACAGCUGACGAUGGACCAUCCUGAACCUGACCACACCCUCUUCAGCCAGGACGAUGUCACCCCUCCAAUGAACCGCGCCAACAUGAAUGGAAGAUGGCAAGGUCUGCAGGAGAUGGAUGCCAACGAAGAAGACUACUUCAACACCUCAGACGACGAAGAGGACGGUCGCGAAGAUGAUGCUGAUGGCGAAAACAUGCAAGAUGUCUCCGAACGCAUGCAGUGGCACCGUAAGAGAAUGAAGUCAGAAAUGAUGAACGGUGGGGCUUCUAAUAUGGGUAAACCUCUAGUUGAUUACCCCGACGACGAAGAUGACGAGAAUAUGGACGCCAAAGUGGCCACACCGCAGACUCCUCUGACACCCGAGAGUUCGAAGGAGGUCUCACCUCCUGAACCCCGGGCGAUUUCAGACAAGAAGCUACAGCCAUCACCCGAGAUCAAAGAAACUGAACUACAACAUCCUCCAGAACGCUUGACGGAGAAACGACGGCGGCAAGAGGAUGAGGAUGAGGAUGAGCUGGGUAAGUUGACUGGAGGACCGAAACGGAGAAACUCUUCUUCGAGCGCGACUAGUCUUGGGUCUUCUGGUUCGUUGAAACGCAAGAAGGGCUUUCUACGGUCCAAACAAGCAGUGGAUCAAACUCUGUUAUCGAGCAAUACCGAUACGGAGAAUCAUGUUGAAGGACGAAAGCCGCGCAAGAUCGCGAUUAGUCUUUCCAAUGCUGCGAACAAAUCAGAUGGUCCAUCCACGACGAAUACUACGACGACGACCUCAGAUGAAGACCAAUCGGUGACGACCCAGGAAUAGAGGCACUCGGCACAAAUCAUGUCGGUUGGUUUCCGGCGAAGGUGUUUGACGGAGUUUGAUUCUGUACCAUAUAACUUCAGGGGAAGCGGAAAUACUCGGAGCUCAUACUAGACAUGAUAAUGUCUUUGGCUUGAUAUGAAGGAAUGACAGACAAUGGAUGGCGUCGCUAAGAUUGCGCGCGCGACUGGAUGAUGAUGUUAUGCUGAGCUGAGCUCCGUGCAAUGCUGUUAGCCAACUCUCCCGCGGCAAUGCUAUUUUGGAAGAGCCGUACACGUUGGUGCGGCACAAUGAGACAUGGCUGUGAAUAGUAGAAGGCAUUAAAAUACCUGACAGGCAUAGUCUGUCCAUGUUGAUGCGAAGCGGCAAGUACUUCUCUAGGGACCGUAUCUAUGGAAUAUUCUCUGCUUCGCCCAUUACUUUCUG